UCCAAUAGUUGGGCACGGAGGGAGGAGAUUCCACCCAGGAUCCGGCACAAGACUUGGAACGCCCCGUUCUCCUGCCAGCCCAACCGGCCGGCUCCCCACUUCCGGCCGGGCGGCGGCGUCUCGCUGGCUUCUUUCUUCCAAACGGCUUCGGGAGGCCUCGGCCUGCGUGCGCUCAAUCCCGGAAGUGACGCCGCCCAGCGGAGCCGGAAGGGCAGUGGAGGGAGGGAAGAUGGCGGAGGUGGUGAGUCCGGUUCCCGGGGCGGGGCGGAGGGAGCCAGGGGAGGUGGGUAGAGCCCGAGGCCCCCCAGUAGCCGACCCUGGCGCCGCGCUGUCUCCCCAGGGGGAGAUUAUCGAGGGUUGCCGCCUGCCCGUGCUGCGGCGGAACCAGGACAACGAGGAUGAGUGGCCUCUGGCCGAGAUUCUGAGCGUGAAGGACAUCAGUGGCCGGAAGCUUUUCUACGUCCAUUACAUUGACUUCAACAAACGUCUGGAUGAAUGGGUGACCCACGAGCGGCUGGACCUAAAGAAGAUCCAGUUCCCCAAGAAGGAGGCCAAGACUCCCACCAAGAACGGGCUUCCUGGGUCCCGCCCUGGCUCUCCAGAGAGAGAGGUGCCGGCCUCCGCCCAGGCCAGCGGGAAGACUUUGCCAAUCCCGGUCCAGAUCACACUCCGCUUCAACCUGCCCAAGGAGCGGGAGGCCAUCCCCGGUGGCGAGCCUGACCAGCCGCUCUCCUCCAGCUCCUGCCUGCAGCCCAACCACCGCUCCACGAAACGGAAGGUGGAGGUGGUUUCACCAGCAACUCCGGUGCCCAGCGAGACAGCUCCAGCCUCCGUUUUUCCCCAGAAUGGAUCAGCUCGUAGGGCAGUGGCAGCUCAGCCAGGACGGAAGCGGAAAUCAAAUUGUUUGGGCACCGAUGAGGACUCCCAGGACAGCUCAGAUGGAAUCCCGUCGGCACCACGCAUGACCGGCAGCCUGGUGUCUGACCGGAGCCACGACGAUAUCGUUACCCGGAUGAAGAACAUUGAGUGCAUCGAGCUGGGCCGGCACCGCCUGAAGCCGUGGUACUUCUCCCCUUACCCACAGGAGCUCACCACGCUGCCCGUCCUCUACCUCUGCGAAUUCUGCCUCAAGUAUGGCCGCAGCCUCAAGUGUCUGCAGCGUCACUUGACCAAGUGUGACCUGCGGCACCCUCCAGGCAAUGAGAUUUACCGCAAGGGCACCAUCUCCUUCUUUGAGAUUGAUGGACGCAAGAACAAGAGUUACUCCCAGAACCUGUGUCUUUUGGCCAAGUGUUUCCUGGAUCACAAGACAUUGUACUACGACACGGACCCAUUCCUCUUCUAUGUCAUGACGGAAUAUGACUGCAAGGGCUUCCAUAUCGUGGGCUACUUCUCCAAGGAGAAGGAGUCAACGGAAGACUAUAACGUGGCCUGCAUCCUGACUCUGCCUCCCUACCAGCGCCGGGGCUAUGGCAAGCUGCUGAUCGAGUUCAGCUAUGAACUCUCCAAAGUGGAAGGGAAAACAGGGACCCCUGAGAAGCCCCUCUCAGAUCUCGGCCUCCUGUCCUAUCGAAGCUACUGGUCCCAGACAAUCCUGGAGAUCCUGAUGGGGCUGAAGUCAGAGAGUGGGGAGAGGCCGCAGAUUACCAUCAAUGAGAUCAGUGAAAUCACCAGCAUCAAGAAAGAGGAUGUCAUCUCCACACUGCAGUACCUCAACCUCAUCAACUACUACAAGGGCCAGUAUAUCCUCACACUGUCGGAGGACAUCGUGGAUGGGCAUGAACGGGCUAUGCUCAAGCGGCUCCUUCGGAUUGACUCUAAGUGUCUGCACUUCACUCCCAAGGACUGGAGCAAACGGGGAAAGUGGUGAACAGGCAGUGCUGUGGCAGCACCAGUACAGCUGGCAGAACUGGGGCCGACAGCCCAUCCUGCCCCCAGUGGGGCCCCCGAGAGGCAUGUCAAGGGAGAUGAGGCUGAGGAUGGCCCCAAAAGGAGAAGACAAGGCUGGCUAGUGCCCAGCACCAUGCAAGCUCAGGGCUCAGGCCCACUCCCAGGUCAGCUGGCUGCAGGCCCAGCCUGUUCUGAACCAGGGACUGGAAGGAGCCAGGCAGCUGUGUACAGCGAGAUGGGUUUGGGGGCCCUCGGUACAGAGGACUGGCUGGGUGUAAAGAUUUCUUUUGUAAAGUAGGAGUUGGGGUGGGUAUUGGCUGCAGAAUUCUGGCCUCUCUUGCCCCUUUCCCCACCACCCCUGGCAAUAAAUAGUUUCUAAAGGCCAGAGCCAUGAAAGGUUCCUGUGCUGGGGGAGUGGGCUGUGCCGGCUUAGGGGAUCUGAGGUGCCCACAGACUCACAGGUGCUGUGAACAGCUGGUUUAUUGGGUGAUGGGAUCAGCGGCUCCAAAGUGAAGAGCUAUUUUAUUGGAGUGAAGGGAUCAGCGCUGGUUCUCAGUCCUCAGGCACCUGUGCGUGAAUCUGCAACAGGAGUCAGUUCCAGGGUUGGAUUUCUAAGUUACA